AGUGAAGAACAAUAAUAAACAAUAAUAAAUUUUUUUUUUUCUUGUUUUGUUUUGCUUUUCUUUAACGAAAAAUUUAAAACAGCAAUGUAAUUUGCCUGCCUUCUGGUGCCCUUGAAUUCAGAAGCAUGAUUGGUUAUGUGCUAUCUCUCUUUGUUCUGUGAACUUCAUUUCUGUCUGCUCCUUACUGCCCACCUAAGAGCCUAUAUGUGAAACUUGUUUGAGAUCUCACAGGAUCCCAGUCUUGAUGCACACUUUAACAUGGGGGUUAAAUCAACCCUAUGUACAGUUAACAUUCUUAUCCUUCAAGCACCCCAUUGCCGAACCCUAUAAAUGUAGUUCUAAUGGCUGUGUUUGAUUCCUGUUCAGAUACGCUACUGGAGGAAAUAUGAUGACAAUGAGGCAGCAGCCUCUCGUGUUCUGGUCCACAGCUCAGUUAACCAGACUCGUUUGGAGAACAUGCGGCCUGACUCGCACUACCUUAUUGAGGUGCGUGCUUACAAUGGAGCUGGACUUGGACCACCCAGUGAGCACUGUGAAAUGUUUACCAGGAGACCACCUCCAAAUCGACAUCUAAGAGUAUACAAAUAUGUCAGCUUUACACGCAAAUGGCUGUAUAUCUACUGGGAUCACAUCUACAACUAUUGGAAUGAGUCUUAUGUGGAGGGAUACAAGAUUUUGUUUAGAAAAGAAGGGGAGCGCUAUGGGAAACUGUACACCACCGGCAGGCACUACAUCGACUUCCCCAUGCCUGAAACAGGGGAUUAUGUAAUAGAGAUACGGGCUCGCUGUGAAGGAGGAGAUGGCCCUAUAUCACAGAUACAAGUGCAAGGUGCAGCCAUACUGAACUCUCAGUCUCUCUGUGCUGUAGCUCUACUGCUGAUGGUGAUGGCAUGCAUGAACCUGGGCCUUUAGGAGUCUAUACUUUCCCUAGUUGAGUCAGAAAGAGUGUAGGAAAAGCCAAAUCCUACUCCCAGUCUUCUACAAAUGUGUAAUUUGUUCAUUUCAUUAUGCAAUUAUUUGUAUGUUGCAUAACAUUCCUAAUGUAUAGAUCAAAUUAAAACCAUACUGGUGUUAGAGAUGAGUCCACAUGGUAAUAUGAAAGCAUCACAGUAGACAUGCGAGUUUUGCAAUAUUUAUAAUUGGAUUAUUUAGUUAGUCCAAAACAAAAAACAACAACCUCUAAUUGUUUGUAAAAACAGUAAAAUUAUUAUUUUAAUUUACUGUUUCAUGUGUUUGUUUAAAAUUGUGUUC